AUGCUGUCAGGAUCCAUUUUGGAUGGCUCUCGAAUCGAAGUUAACUGGGCCAAGCCCGCAGACAAGUCCGACGGUCUUCGCAUUCAGCGUUCAGAUACGGUGACGGGAAGUGUGAACCGAAACGUGGAGGAGAACCUCCUGCUAAAUCUCUUUAACCUCUCCAUGAAACCACAGCCAUCUAUAACCAACCGCGGUAGUCAGUCUGUUCAAAUGGUGGGCAGCUGUCUACCAACCACCGUGGGAAACCUAGCAUUACCUGUUGUUGGUGGAGAUGGAAGUUCCGUUCUGCAAGCCAGUUUCGCUCCUACAAUGCUUUCCAAUGCAACCGCACUUCAACAACGCACGGGAACAUUCGCGGGACAGGGGUCUCGUGUUGGCGAAACGGACACCAACAACGUCAACUUCUUUAACAAGCUUCUGAUGACGCACUUACAGGGCAGGAUGAACAAUGAGCAAAACGAGAGGCGCAUUCGGGAGGCCUUCAUUGUUUCACAGAUUCUUAACGGCUCGAAACAGCCGACUUCAAGGAUGCAUUCCGUGAUGCCAAAUGCCACCAAAUAUCAGCUAGGCAAUUCCAACGACGAACCUUUGCCGCUGGACAGAGAACUGCCCCCAAAAUUGAUGACAGUGUCUUCCAUCGACCCCACAAAGGCCUCCUUCACUCUCUCUUAUGCCCCCCUCUACUCAAACGCAUCAGCAGCCACGGAGCCCAUGGAUUUCUUCACCUUCGCUAUUCGCCACAAACGAGAAGACGGCAGCGCUGCCGACACCUGUUGGGUUAGGGAAACCUCAGACUGUGAAGGAUCCCUUCAGCGCUUUUCGCAGCCCCUCCAACUUCGCGACGACAACAUCAGCAAACACAUACUCUGA